UGUGAUAAAAUCUAACAACCCUCACCUGGCAGGUGGGGAAAAAAUCCCAUUUGGAGAGAUGAAUCAAACCUGGAAGAGUCCGAAAAGCUCCACGUGAGCUGGAAGAGUCCCUUCGAACUCUCCCCUCUUUUCGUUGGCAGCCAACCUGCUGAGAUCACUCCCACUGCCGGGCUGCAGGGCCCCUGGACCGGAAGGCCGAGAAGGUGGUGUUCCGAGGCGUUUUCAUCACCGGUCUCAGAGGUUGAAGGACCCGAACUAGACAUCGAACUAGACUAUCCCCGUUGGGUACCCCAGGUGACGGGUCCUAUGGUCCCGGUCACUGGCUACCUCUCUUGGUUUAUACCAGGACCGAUCUCAUUCUGCCUGGCCAACCAGGACACCCCGACGUCGACACAGACACUUCUCUACUUGGCAAACGCAGAUCUAGACACCUCAGACGGACGGUCCUCUCCAUGGUCUAUUGAAGUUUUCUUCCUCAGCCCUUUAUCUCGCGCGGGCAGCAGUGCCCAAGCUUCGCUCGUCGCGUCGCACGUGCGGCCCAUGGGUUGUGCCGCGAGCGCGAGCAGCGCACGCUUCCCACGGGGUGAGAGCGCCAUUCGCUUCUCGAAGGUGCUUCCCAGCGAUGCACCGGCACCCGUAAGGCCGGUUGCAAGGGCACUGGUGAGCUCCGAUCAGCCACGUGUGAAUGAUCGAGAGGUGCUCGCCAGCCUGACCGAGCUCAAGGAACAUGAUUUGCAACUCCCCCAGACGUUCCAGGACGUUCCAGGCGAAGCUCUUCUGGCAGCACCAGACAUCUUGUUUGCCAUCUCAUCUGAAGAUCAGAUUUACUACGAUGACUCCACCCUCGCGACGUACCGAUCCUGGGAGCCUUCCAUGGAGCCACGUCCGCUUGGGCAGCCGCUACCACCUGGGCCGCAGGAGCACUUGGAGAAUAUGCACCGUGUGCUUCGGCUUGCACGGUCUGCCAGGAGGCAUCCAAGGGCCUUCAAAGUGGUACUGGGACGAGAUGAAGACUCCGACGAGGAAUGACUUGCCCAGUGCAAGUUCUUUGGUUCCUCAUACCUGCAGUCUCCGACUAUCUCGGUCAAGGGGUACCUUCGUACCUGUCUUGUACCAUGUAUAUACGGUAAUGAGCGGGUCAUUUCCCAUUUUCGAGCAGCCAUGCCACGCCCGGCCUGAACAAAGGCAAGAGAGGAAGAAAUGAACUUCCUUGGCGAUGAAGUGGCUGGCCCCACAAAGAGUUUCUUCAACGCUGCGGGUCUGACUCAGUCAAGUGUCCUGAACAUGUGUUUUCUUGUACCUGGUACCCCGAAGUGC